AUUUCCUUAUUGUGGUGUCCAACAAGAGAGCAUUUCACCGCCUGCAAGAACGUCCAUAUUUGUCCGCACCAGGAAUGUUUUUAUAGAGAUAAGUGACAGUGAGGUUGACAUAGCGGACACAUUAGAGGAAUGGAUUCGUGACUAUGAUGAAGAAUUCAAACCUAAUCGGCAGUGUGUAUUUGAUACUUUACAAAUAUAGUGUUGAUACGAAACUUGAUAUGAUGCCCGACAAAUCGAGUUCCAUGUUUAUGGUGUCUUGUGAUGGAAUAAUGAUUGAAACCACAAUCACUCACGAAGCCAGCAUAGUAGAGGAAUGGAUUAAAUUUGUUUCAUCAACAUAUACUGGAAACCCAAAGGUAGUUGGGUUGGACACUGAGUGGACGCGUGCCCAAAACAAGAUGAAAGUCGCAAUUUUGCAAUUGUGUGUUGAGAAUAAGUGCCUAAUCGUUCAACUAUUCCUGAUGAACAAUAAUAUUCCUCAAUCCCUAAAGAGCUUCUUUGUGGAUUCUGACUUUAAAUUUGUUGGGGUAGGAGUGAUAAACGAUCUUAACAUGCUCAAGAGUGAUUAUGGGUUGGAGAGCAACAAAGGCAUUGAUAUAUCUCACUUGGCAAAACAAAUAUGGCCCGAUCGGAUUUCUUCCAUGGGACUAAAAUAUUUGGCAAAGGAGUUGGUGGGUCUUGAUAUGAAGAAAUCAAAGGAAGUGUGCACUAGUGAAUGGAAAACGAAGGAUCUUACCCGUGAUCAAAUUGAAUAUGCGAGCAUUGAUGCCUAUGCUUCUUUUAAGAUUGGUAAAAUGAUCCUUAGUGAAGAUAUCAUGAAAUAUCAUGAUUCUUGAUUAAUUAUUAGUUGUUACUCCAAUCAUGUUUGGUUGAAUUUUUCUUUAUUCACUUGGUAAAUGGUAUUAAGAUCCUAAACAUACAUGCUGUUUCUAGGUGGAUGUUGAAAUUAAUUUUGUGAAUUUGUUUAGUCGUAUAUAUGUGUAUGUUGUAUAUUCACAUAUAGUAUUGAUUUUGUGAAUUU